UUAGUUGUCAUGGUUAAAGGACUUGGCCAGUGCAUUGCUUUCGGCAAACCACUUUUAUUACGCAAAGUUUCAUUCAAUCCACUUCGAUAGCAGACACACACUACUUCUUUAGAUAUCGUGAAAAUAGUAUUCGUGAAGACGGUCAUUUGAGUCCGAGUACUGACAACGUGCGUCGAUUCCCGCGCAUUGCAUUUUGGUAGUGAAUGGCAUGGAUCCGCCAUGAUGCCUUCUGUGAAAACGAGUCCUACAUUCAUGUUUGAAAGUGUUAUUUUAUAUAUUGUGACUGAGUGAACGCUAACCGUCAAGAUGGGGACGAACUAAGAGUGUCAUAGGUUUAAUUGCGGAAGGGUUUAAACCCUUCGGGGCCCUAAGAAGCGGCCCACAAGAGGUUUUUAAAUUGGUGUUCAAUGUGUUGAUAGUCUGUCAACAAAAAUGAGCAAGCUCUCGUUCAGGGCUAGGGCGCUCGAUGCGUCCAAGCCCUUGCCGAUUUAUAUGGCAGAGGAGGUUCCUGACCUGCCAGAAUAUUCGGCAAUAAAUAGAGCCGUCCCUCAAAUGCCCAGCGGAAUGGAAAAGGAGGAAGAAAGUGAGCAUCAUUUACAAAGGGCAAUAUGUGCUGGCCUCAUCAUUCCUACUCCAGAGGUGCAAAACAUGGGAGAGACCGAGGUAUACGAACGAAUGUACCCAUCCAAUUACAAAGCGCCCAGGCAACUUAUUCACGUUCAACCAUUUACCAUGGAGCAGGACAUUCCAGACUACGACAUGGAUUCAGAAGAUGAAAUGUGGAUCAAGGCCCAGUCCAAAAAAUUAGAACUCACACCUCUGAAGUUCGAAGAGAUGUUGGAUCGUCUGGAAAAAAGUAGUGGGCAGUCAGUUGUGACUCUUCCAGAUGCAAAGUCUCUCCUGAAGGAAGAUGAUGACCUUAUCAUAGCUGUAUACGAUUAUUGGUUGGAAAAGAGAUUGAAAACGCAACGCCCUCUUAUUCCCACUGUGAAGACUGAGUUGAGAGUUGGAGCUGCUGCAAACAAUCCGUAUCUUGCCUUUCGACGACGAACAGAAAAGAUGCAAACACGUAAAAACCGCAAGAAUGAUGAAACAUCAUAUGAAAAGAUGCUCAAGCUACGGCGGGACCUUAGCCGGGCUGUUACUCUUCUGGAAAUGGUGAAAAGACGUGAAAAGACAAAAAGGGAACUGCUCCACCUAACUAUUGAAGUGUAUGAAAAAAGGUACCAAGCGGGAGACUUCAGUGGACAGUUAUUGGCAGAGGUUUCGGCCCUCAAGAGUUACCAGCAUCCUCGCCCAGCAUUUGCUCCAAUCUUCCCAAAUCAAUACAGCAUCAGCCCUUGGACCAACAAGGUUCCAAUCAAGGACGAAGCUGUUCCGAGAAAGGAAAAGAGACAGUACAAGAAGCGAAAGCACAAAGCUGGCUCUUCUGUGUGUGGUGCAGGCACUGGCACAGGAAGUCGUGGAGGUCUCGAUGGUUAUCUCGGCACCCAGGGUAGUUCAGAGGAGGACACCUCAAGCACAGGUAUGCGAACAGUUAGUCCUGUUCAUGCCACUCCUGAGGCGGAAGAUGAAGAUGAGGGCCCCUUCGCCUUUAGAAGAAAUCCAGCAUGCAACUAUCAUGCACCCCUUCCUGGUGAAUUUGGUAAUUGGCCAUGGUGUAGCCAGGAAGAAGGUGGUUCAGCUGAUCGAAGGUAUCGAUACUGUCUAACUUCUAUCAAUAGACCAAAACCUCGAUGUAUAGGCUUUGCGAGAAGAAGGCUGGGCAGAGGGGGAAGAGUUAUUUUGGAUCGAGAGCCAUCAGAACUUGACGAUGUUUGGAGAUCUCUGGACUUUACUGUCCAAGACUCCAGUGUAGCACCAUCAAGUACCAAUCACAAUAACAAUGAAAUUCUUAGUGAAAUUAAGGCAGAUUGGUUGCACUUUAGACCCAAGAUGUCACCAAAGCAAGAUAAUGAAGACUCUGAGAUGGAAGAGGAUUUGGCUGAGAGUGUGGCAGAUCAAGGCCUGCAGGUCAGGCAAGGGCCUGUCACUCUAGAAGUUGAAAGUGGAACACCAGGAAGUGAAUCGUGUCCUUUCAGUACUUUUAUGGAAUUAGACCUUGAUAGGCUGGACUGUAAUGACCUUUUCCCCACUUUUGGUGGUAUAUCCAUGUUGGGACAAGACUUUGUGACAGAAGAUUGUGGCUUUCAGAAAAGCACAGAGCCCACCUCUUUAAGUGACCAGAAGAUGGAUUGGGAUCGAGGAAAUGGUCUUGUCUCAGAUCUUGUGUCGCCCACAAAGAAGAGACCUCAAGUUGGUGUGACUGGGUUGUCAGCAAACCCAGUAACAUCUGACACUUCUACCUUAUCAGCUUUGUUGUCACGAAAAAGUGACAAAGAUAUUUUCAAAUCUGAUAAGCAACGGACUGGGAUCUAUGUUGUAAAAGAUGGUCCAGAACUGAAUGGUCCCAGCCAAGAAGUGACAAUAUGUGGUGAGAAUGGAGACAUUAGGCCAUGUUCACCUCCUCAAGUUGGCUGUUCCGCCUUCUUCAUGUGCGAUAGCAGUGAUAAUAGUAAUGGAGGAAUACCACAAAGUAAUGGAGAGACAAAUAUUCGGAAAAGUGUAUCAGUGUCAAGGCUAAAUCCCCCACCACCAUAUCCAUCUACUUCAUUGAAUCAGUGUUUGACUGGUAAUGGGAGUUGGAACCACAUUGAUGUGGGUAGCAAGAGUUCAGGGUCAGUGGUAGUAGUGAACCAUAGUGACAAUGUGACUGGCAGCAGAGUUCACCGAACAGCCGGGGCUGGAACAUCGACUGUUAUCCUCAGCAAUGGACCUCUACCUUCAGCAGCUUCUGCUGAAUAUAUUGGUGGUAAUCUUGCGGGUAUUCGUCCAUCUACAUCCUUGGCCUUAAGUCGUAAAAUAACCCUGGUUCAGCAUGCUAGAGUUGCUUCUGGAGUUGCUCUAUCACCAGCAACAUCUUCCGUGAACAUUCUCCAGCCGUCCGCUAGUACUUCUGAGACAGCCACCACUCUAAUUAGGCAAGUGAACUUGGCAGCUGUCCCGCAGAAGGUUACCUCAAGGGAAAAUAUGAUGAAAAGUGACGACACAUCAGAAGACGUAUGCUCAGAUAAGAGUCAGUUGGUACGCAAGACAAACUCCCUGCCAAUGGAGGUCACCUGACAUAUCUUCUAGCUGGACUUGUGUGGUGAAGCCCAGCUCAGAAGCUUUUGUUGUCUCUUUCUUUCUCUCUCUCUCUCUUUCUCUUUGUCAGUGUCUUUUUUUGCUCUUUUUGUCACAACAUCAACAGUCACAACAUCAAUGUCUUCCAUUUAUAUUACUUUGCCUGAUGUACUAAACCAUCUAUUAACUCAAAAUUAUCAUCAAUAAUGUUAGGGCGCCAUUGUCACUACUGUAUUCUGUAUUCUUUAAUAGCAAAAGCCAAACAAGUAGAGAGAAAAAUGUUUGUAGGUUGGUAGUUCAGUGUGCUAGAGAAACUAAUCAUUUUCUUUGAUGAGGUCACUACCUACUUCUGCAAGGAAGUAGACUUCUUUUGAGGUUCUUUUUCUCGCAAUCUUCAUUUUGUGUACACAAUUUCAUUUUAUUUUAGUUUUGAUAAAAGUUCAGCUUACCUUCAUUUAAAUUUGUUUAUUCUGUACAAAUACUAAAUAAUGUGAAACAAUGUAAAAAACUGUAUUAGUUGUUGAAGGUCUUAAAAUUGACUGUUGGUCUGCAUGGUAGAUCUAUUACUAAAUGGUGUAAACUGCAAUCUAUGUAUUUCUAGUUACCAUAACUCUUCAGUCUAAAGACAAGAGAAGUACUCAAUAGAAAGCUGUUACAUUGCUUCUUGGUACGUUCUUGAAAAACUGUUUGACACAAUUGCUUUUUCUGAAGGGUGGAAAACAAAUUGUUUCCUUCCAUUCUGCAAUAAUUUCUGAAGCAUUUUGAAGUGGCGAUGAUUUGUGGUGAUCUUAGUUAACAAACAAGUUGUGUCAAACUACUAAUUUUCAAGACAAAUAUGUUAAGUGUCUUGUCACACAUGGUGCUGAAAAUUUUCUGUAAUGUCCUCAUACUCAACAUUUUAUGCGUAUGAAUUUUAAUAAAUAGCCUAGACUUAUGUAUGUAUAACUGAUGUGCAGUCAUUCUUCUACUUAUUACUGGCUGUAAAGAUCUGUAAUAUGCGAAGUAUUCAUGCACUUUUGUGAUUUGCAUUCAUUUAAAAAAAAAAAAAAAAAGGAAAUGAGCCUUAGCACUCUUAGGGUUCAAUGUCAUAACAUUGCACUCCUUAGUCCACAAAGUUUUGGAUGAAAUAUUUUUAUAUAUGCGUUUACUGAAAAUGAUGUUUCCUGUGUGAAGCUCUUCCUCUGAGUAUAUGUAUUGAAAACAGAGGGAGAAUAAAACUAAAAAGUUUAGGUGCUGUGCCUGAAAUUGGUGUUUGGAUGCAAUUUUGUCUGGUAAUUAUUUCGAUGUAAAUGAAAAGAAACUUGUAAAAAUGAAUGUUUGGUGGAGGAGGUAGAGGGCAGAUGUACAUUAGCACUUCUUUUCAUGUGAUGUGAUUAAAAUGUGAGUGGAUGAGUUGAUGUUCUGGCUUUCGAUGUUUCUGACAACUGUGUCAUUGGUGCAAUAGCCGAUAGCCAGGGGUAAAUAAUAUCCCAUAGAUUUGCAUAGGAUACUGCUGGUUUUUCUUUACUAUUUUUUUUGUUUUUGUUUCCACAAAGCAGUGUUUGUGUAA